GGAUCCAUCCGGGGCCUUGGCGCUCUCCUUCCUUUCGCGCCGGGCGCUGAGCUGUGUGGCGGCUCCAUGUGCGCAGCUCGUCUCUAGCCCCGGACUGUGACAGGGAAGCGGCGCGUCUCCGGCACCAUGGACCCCAGCAUUCUGAUCGAGGCCCUGCGGGGCACCAUGGACCCGGCCCUGAGGGAGGCGGCCGAGCGGCAGCUCAACGAGUCCCACAAGUCUGUGAACUUCGUGUCCACCCUGCUGCAGAUCACCAUGUCCGAGCAGCUGGAGCUGCCAGUGCGGCAAGCAGGUGUCAUAUACCUGAAGAAUAUGAUCACUCAGUAUUGGCCGGAUCGCGAAGUGACCCCCGGAGAAGUGCCCACUCACACGAUCCCCGAGGAGGAUCGCCACUGCAUCCGAGAGAAUAUUGUGGAGGCCAUCAUCCAGUCCCCAGAGCUGAUCAGGGUCCAGCUCACCACCUGCAUCCAUCACAUCAUCAAACACGACUACCCGAACCGCUGGACCGCCGUCGUGGAGAAGAUCGGCUUCUAUCUGCAGUCGGAUAACAGCGCCUGCUGGCUGGGGAUCCUGCUCUGCCUCUACCAGCUGGUGAAAAACUACGAAUAUAAGAAACCGGAGGAGAGGAGUCCGCUCAUUGCCGCUAUGCAACACUUCCUGCCCAUGCUGAAGGAGCGCUUCAUCCGUCUGCUUCCUGACCCCUCCGAGCAGUCGGUCCUGAUCCAGAAACAGAUCUUUAAGAUUUUCUACGCCCUGGUCCAGUAUACGUUGCCGCUGGAGUUGAUUAAUCAGCCGAACCUGACUGAAUGGAUAGAGAUCCUGAAGACUGUGGUGGAUCGGGACGUUCCUGCCGAGACCCUCCAGGUUGAUGAGGAUGACCGGCCUGAGCUGCCAUGGUGGAAGUGUAAGAAGUGGGCGCUGCACAUCUUGGCCCGGCUGUUUGAGAGGUACGGGAGUCCGGGCAACGUGUCCAAGGAGUACAAUGAAUUUGCUGAAGUGUUUCUGAAGGCCUUUGCAGUUGGCGCUCAGCAGGUUCUGCUGAAGGUUCUCUACCAGUACAAGGAGAAGCAAUACCUGGCGCCCCGAGUCCUGCAGCAGACGCUCAACUAUCUCAACCAGGGGGUGUCCCAUGCUCUGACGUGGAAGAACUUGAAGCCGCACAUCCAGGGCAUCAUUCAGGACGUCAUCUUCCCUCUGAUGUGCUACACGGACUCUGAUGAAGAGCUAUGGCAGGAGGACCCCUAUGAAUACAUCCGCAUGAAAUUUGACGUGUUUGAGGACUUUAUCUCCCCCACGACUGCGGCCCAGACCCUGCUCUUCACGUCCUGCAGUAAGAGGAAGGAGGUUUUGCAGAAGACGAUGGGAUAUUGUUACCAGAUUCUGACGGAGCCCGCAGCGGAUCCCCGAAAGAAAGACGGCGCCCUCCAUAUGAUCGGGUCCUUGGCAGAAAUCCUACUGAAGAAAAAGAUCUACAAGGAUCAGAUGGAGUUCAUGCUGCAGAACCACGUGUUCCCCCUCUUCAGCAGCGAGCUGGGCUACAUGAGGGCGAGGGCCUGCUGGGUGCUCCACUAUUUCUGUGAAGUGAAGUUCAAGAAUGACCAGAACCUGCAGACGGCUUUAGAGCUGACCAGACGGUGUCUCAUCGAUGACCGGGAGAUGCCUGUGAAAGUGGAGGCCGCCAUCGCCCUUCAGGUUCUCAUCAGCAAUCAGGAGAAAGCCAAGGAGUAUAUCGCCCCCUUCAUCAGGCCUGUGAUGCAAGCCUUGCUGCACAUCAUCCGCGAGACUGAGAACGAUGACCUCACCAAUGUCAUCCAGAAGAUGAUCUGCGAGUACAGCGAAGAGGUGACGCCCAUAGCGGUGGAGAUGACGCAGCACCUGGCAAUGACUUUCAAUCAAGUCAUUCAGACGGGUCCCGAUGAAGAGGGCAGCGAUGAUAAGGCCGUUACAGCCAUGGGAAUCCUCAACACGAUCGACACCCUUCUCAGCGUUGUGGAGGAUCAUAAAGAGAUCACUCAGCAGCUGGAAGGGAUCUGCCUCCAGGUCAUCGGCACCGUUCUGCAGCAGCACGUUCUAGAGUUUUAUGAAGAGAUCUUCUCCCUGGCGCACAGUCUCACCUGCCAGCAGGUGUCGGCUCAGAUGUGGCAGCUCCUUCCACUGGUGUUUGAGGUCUUUCAGCAGGACGGAUUUGACUACUUCACGGAUAUGAUGCCUCUGCUGCAUAACUAUGUGACUGUGGACACGGACACCCUCCUGUCAGACACCAAGUACCUGGAGAUGAUCUACAGUAUGUGUAAAAAGGUGCUGACGGGUGUGGCUGGGGAAGACGCUGAAUGUCACGCAGCUAAGCUGCUAGAAGUUGUCAUCUUACAGUGUAAGGGACGUGGGAUUGACCAGUGCAUCCCGUUAUUUGUUGAAGCCGCUCUGGAGAGGUUGACCCGGGAAGUGAAGACGAGUGAGCUGAGAACCAUGUGCCUCCAGGUGGCCAUAGCUGCUUUGUACUACAGUCCUCCCCUCCUUCUCAACACCUUGGAAAACCUGCGCUUCCCCAACACCGUGGAGCCCGUCACAAACCACUUCAUCAAGCAGUGGCUGAACGAUGUGGACUGUUUCCUGGGGUUACAUGAUCGGAAGAUCUGCGUCCUGGGACUGUGUGCCAUUAUAGAACUGGAGCAGCGGCCCCAAGUCCUGGCCGAGAUCUCCGCACAAAUUCUGCCCGCCUUCAUCCUCUUAUUUAAUGGUCUGAAGAGAGCUUAUGCCUGCCAUGCAGAGCAAGAAAACGACAGUGACGAUGAGGAGGAUGGCGAGGAGGAAGACGAAGCUGAACUUGGUAGUGAUGAGGAUGACAUAGAUGAAGACGGCCAGGAAUACCUGGAGAUGUUGGCUAAGCAAGCGGGAGAGGAUGGGGAUGAUGAGGAUUGGGAGGAAGAUGAUGCAGAGGAAACGGCACUUGAGGGUUAUACCACGCUGAUCGAUGAUGAAGACAACCCUGUAGAUGAAUAUCAGAUAUUUAAAGCUAUAUUUCAAAAGCUGCAGGGUCUGGACCCGGCCUGGUAUCAGGCUCUCACACAAGGACUAAAUGAAGAGCAAGGAAAGCAGUUACAGGACAUCGCCACGCUGGCAGAUCAGAGGCGGGCGGCUCAUGAAUCCAAAAUGAUUGAGAAACACGGAGGAUACAAGUUCAAUGCUCCAGUUGUGCCAAGUUCCUUCCAUUUUGGCGGCCCGGCCCCAGGCAUGAAUUGAGCUGUCACUUCCUUUUCCUGCUGACGUGUGACUGAUUGUAGUGAGAAGCUUGUGUUCCUCCGAUAGUGGAUCCAGAAGUGGCUCUAGGAUUCUGGAGAGUGUGAGAGCGGAUCAUGCGGCCCUGGGACGGCAAACACACGGGGGUUUCCUUUAUAUUCUUUUUUAUUUUUAUUUUUUGAGCUCUGCUUCCAAACUGAGGAGAUCUGGCGCCCACGGGGGACAUGUCAUCGUGGCAGCUUUUUUUUUUUUCUUCUUCUCCUGUGGGAGGGGGUAGAAAUCUUCACGAUCUGGUGGAAAACGCGGGACUAUUUAAAAUCUUUCACGACUCACAAGGGCCAAUUUUACUUCACCCGUUUUAGUGUCUUUAGCCUAAACACAUUUGUUGCCUCAGAUCAAUGUUCAUUCUUUUUAUUGUAGAAUAAAAUGGCGGCCAAUGAUUUGUAGCCGAAUAGGACAGACCCGGCCGCUCCUGAUGCAGAAUGUUGAACACUUGUAGCACUACACCAAUUAUGAAAUACGGACAUGAACAGCACUUUUAUACCUGACCUUCCCGCCCCGUGAAAUAAAAAAGAAUUUGGCAGCUGAUUUUUCAGUUUCUGCGUUAGAAGGGAUGUGCGGGGCCGGCGGCGGCGGCGUCCACUUCGCUGCAGGUUGUUCUGGCGGCUCCGAGUCGCUCCCUGGAGGUAACUUGAAUUAGAAGGGGUUGGUAAGACAUUGCUGCUGCCGUCAGCGACACCCUCUGUCCUUUUUGUUCUUUUCUUCCAUUUCUCUUAAACCUCUAAGAUGUUUGAUUCAAUUUGGACUCGAAGCGGUCACGUAAGCGGAGACAGACGGCCUUCAUCUUCUGACGCAUGUUAUAAUUGGACACGAAUCUCUACUCUCAAAGAGUUUGAAGUGUGUGGCUGAAACAUCUGUAUAUGCAAUCUAUUAAAAAGAUACCAAGAUGAA